GGGGCUGGCUGGGACCGUUAGCUCGCCAGGCUGGCAGGCUCCGGGCCGCUACUCCACUGGCGGCCGGGAUGGAGACGAUGCGAGCACAGCGGCUGCAGCCUGGAGUGGGCACCAGCGGGAGGGGUACGCUGCGAGCGCUUCGGCCGGGAGUGACUGGGGCCGCCGCUGCCGCCGCCACACCCCCAGCAGGCCCCCCGCCCGCACCGCCGCCCCCCGCACCGCCCCCGCCGCCCCUGCUCCUGUCGGGGGCCCCUGGGCUGCCGCUGCCCCCGGGCGCCGCCGGCAGCCCCGCGGUGCUGCGGGAGGCCGUGGAGGCCGUGGUGAGGAGCUUCGCCAAGCACACGCAGGGCUAUGGCCGAGUGAAUGUGGUGGAGGCACUUCAGGAAUUCUGGCAGAUGAAGCAGUCCCGUGGGGCGGACUUGAAGAACGGGGCUCUGGUGGUUUAUGAGAUGGUUUCCUCCAACAGCCCUCCUUACGUCUGCUAUGUCACUCUGCCUGGGGGAAGCUGCUUUGGGAGUUUCCAGUUUUGCCCCACAAAAGCUGAGGCCCGGCGGAGCGCUGCAAAGAUUGCACUCAUGAACUCUGUGUUUAAUGAACAUCCUUCCCGAAGAAUCACUGAUGAGUUCAUUGAGAAGAGUGUCUCUGAGGCUCUGGCAUCUUUCAAUGGCAACAGGGAGGAAGCUGACAACCCAAAUACAGGGAUUGGUGCCUUCCGAUUCAUGUUGGAAUCCAACAAGGGCAAGUCAAUGUUGGAGUUCCAGGAACUAAUGACAGUUUUUCAACUGCUGCAUUGGAAUGGCAGCCUUAAGGCCAUGAGGGAAAGACAGUGCUCUCGGCAGGAAGUGUUGGCUCAUUAUUCACACCGGGCCCUGGAUGAUGAUAUUCGCCACCAAAUGGCAUUGGACUGGGUGAGCCGGGAGCAGAGUGUGCCAGGGGCACUGUCUAGAGAGCUGGCCUCUACUGAACGGGAGCUGGACGAAGCCCGGCUGGCAGGCAAGGAGCUGCGCUUCCACAAGGAGAAGAAAGAUAUUCUCCUGCUGGCUGCUGGGCAGUUGGGCAAUAUGCAUUCUUCCAACUGCUAGGCAUCCACUCACAUACUCCAUCUUCUCUAGACCCUUUUUUAUGUCUUUUCUAAGACUUAGUUGAUUUCUGUACAUACUUUCUCAAUUUUAUACUUUAAAAUAUAGAUAUAUAUAUAUGUAUAUGUAUAAAUUCUACACUCAGAUUCCUAUUUGCUGAGAGAUCCCUUUUCUUCUGGUUUUUGGAUGUCGUUUCAUUUGAAACAUCGCCACUCCAUUUUGUAAGAGGCUGUCUUCAGAGCUUACACUCCCAGUAACUCUGUGUACUCAUUUCAAUAGCACAAGAU